AUGGAGUCUGAAGCACAGGUGACACCGGAAGUUAGUGUGGAGUUCAAACCAAAACUAGGACUUGAAUUUGAUUCCCUUGAGGAUGCAUUGAAGAUGUAUAAUCUGUAUGCACUAAAAGCAGGAUUUGGUGUUCGUUGUUCUACAACCAAAACGUCAAGUGUGACGGGGGAGAUAAUAAGGAAAGAAUUUGUAUGUUGUAAACAAGGGACAACCAAUAUUACGGGUAAGAAAAGAAGACGAGGAUGGGUUCGAACUGGUUGCUUGGCUAAACUUGCUGUUUUGUUGCCAUCUUUGAAGAACAAGUACAUUGUUGUAGCCUUCAAGGAGGAACACAACCAUGAAAUGACAACAUACGACCAAGUCCAUUUGUUGAGAUGCCACCGUAAAGUUACUGAGUCUGCAAAGGUAUAUAAUGCAUAUCUUUCAAAAGUUAAUAUCCCGGUACAUCAACAAUUAAGCAUUCUUGAGGUGCAAGCAGGCGGAAUGGAAAAUAUUGGGUUUUUAAGGAAAGAUGUCUAUAAUUACCAAAGAGACAUGCGAGCAAAGGUGACUGGUCAUGACGCAGAUCUUCUUAAUGAGCAUUUUUUGCGUGAACAAGAAAAAAAUGCAUCAUUCUAUUUCAAGAUAGAGGUAGAUUCAGAAGGACGAAUGGGUAAUGUAUUUUGGGCAGAUGCAAGGUCAAGACGAGCUUAUGGUAGUUUCGGAGAUGCGGUGGUAUUUGAUACGACUUUCAACACCAACCGUUAUGGCAUGGUGUUUGCGCCUUUAAUAGGUGUUAAUAAUCAUCGUCAGACAAUAUUGUUUGGUUGUGCUUUCUUAACCAGUGAAAGCACAGAAGCAUUUAUUUGGUUGUUUGAGGAAUUUAAGAAAGCCAUGCCAUGUGGGGCACCGAAAAUGAUCAUUACUGAUCAAGAUGCAGCCAUUGCAAAGGCAAUUGCAGUAAGUCUCCCUACAACAUUCCACAGAUAUUGCAUAUGGCAUAUAAUGAAUAAGUUGACCGAGAAAACCGGCAUAGGAGAAUGUUUUUUAGAGCUGUGCAAUUGCAUAUGGGAUAUGGACACCAAAGAAGAAUUUGAUGCGAAAUGGGAAGAAGUUAUCACAAACAAUGGGCUGAAAGAGCAUACGUGGCUGACCUCAAUUCAUGCCUUGCGGGAGAAUUGGGUUCCGUCAUAUGUAAAACAUGUGUUUUCGGCUGGGAUGUCAAGUAGUCAACGGGCCGAAAGCUGUCAUUCGUUUUUCAAACAAUAUAUUAACAAGAACAACACGUUGAUGGAAUUUAUAGUACGUUUUGAAAGAGCUCUUGCUUCACAGAGGCACAAGGAAUUAUUGGCUGAUCAUGUUGAUCAGAACGAAAAACCUCCAACUCCAUUUCUCACACCAAUGCAGCUUCAAAUGGGAGGCAUUUACACAAGGGGAAUUCUUGACAUCUUUGAGCGUGAGGACUUCGAAAGCCUUUUAUGCUUCUUUGAAGUUAUAAAGGAAGAUGACACUCUUUGUACAUACAAAGUUAUUGAGAGGGUACAACUGGGGGUUACAAGGACAAAGGAGAUUGUGCAUGAAAAAGAUAUUGAUCAAGCUUUUUGCAGCUGUCGUGGAUUCGAAUUUCGUGGUAUUCCGUGCCGACACAUCAUAUCAUUUUUAAGAAUGAAACAGGUUGCGUAUUUGCCAGAGAAGUAUAUAUUAAAAAGAUGGAUGAAAAGUGCGAAGGCUGGUGUAGUUUUCGAUAAGGAUGGCAAAGAAGUUAAAGAUAACGUUGAUGGUUGUAUUUUGGUUAAGAGAUCAACAUUGUGCAAAGUUGCAGCCGAUUUGAUUGAUUCGGCGUUGUUGUAUGAUGAAGGUUCUGAGUUGCUGCAAAAAACAUUUAACGACAUUCGUGGGAAGCUUAUUAGCUUGGUGUCAUCAAGAGCUCCUCUUGAAGAAGCCAAUAACGAGGGGGAAACUAGUUCUGUCCAAGUGAGAAUAAAAGAUCCAAACCGAGAAAAUCAAAAGGUCGUCCGAAAAGAGUUAAAGGACAACGUGAGAAGGCUGCGGGACGACAUAAACGUCGGUGCACUGGGUGCAGGAAGAGUGAUCAUGAUAGAAGGAGAUGUCCAAGACUUGGGAUCCCGUCUUCAUCUCCUGAAGCAGACAUUGGUGCUCCAGUUACUGAGAAUAUGCAGCCCACUCAAAGGACGUAGAACAAUGAAACACCGGCAUCAUGCUGUUAUACGACAAGGACGAAUGAGGUGUUUGGACUUGACAGAAUUGACUGAACGUGUUGACAUUUGCCUUUUCCUUCCUUAG